GGAACUUACUCUAACUCUGGCCCCCUCCACUUGACCACAUCGCAGACUAGCAGUCAUGUCGACACUGGAGAGUCUCCUUCCGCAUGCACGCCGAUAUCUCGAAGGAAUGAUAUUAGACGAAGGCCUCCCCAGGCCGCUGUUCAGAGGACGAUUACCAGAGUGCUGGGAGCGGAAAGCAACCUCGACCACGGCUUCAGUGUUCUCGUUGGUCAAUGCUGACGGACUGGCAAUCGACGUGGGACUGAACGUGUUCAAGUUUCAGGAUGGAGAGUCGUCGGCACUAUACAUUACGGAGGGUGGAAUUGACUCGUCCUAUCCAUUCUACUACUACGAAGUACGUAUCACUGUGGUCAUGAAUCACCUGCAGAGCAAUUCGAAGUGAGUCAUGCAGCCCAAUGACCUGUGCAAUUGACAUAUCCGCGACUACCAAGCAUAUGCAUUAAGACGGGGUUUGUGUCUGAAUUACCUUGACCUUUGCCUCGUAU